GUGGUCUGGAUCUCGAUCGAUCGGUGUAUGAACUGCCAGCCUAAACCCUAAUCCCAAAUCACUAAUCGCAUCCUCCUCCUCCUCGAAUUCCUUCUCUCCAAAACCUCACGCUGCUGUUUCUCUGUCUUUGAUCCCUGGAAAGUGGAAACCCUAGUUCUCUCCUUCACGACGAGCUACUGAUUGUGUUCUCUUUGGUUUCUUGUGAUCAUGGAGGUGUGGCGGAGAUGCCUUCGAUCAGCGCUUCACCAGGCGAGCUCAACCAUUGGGAGGAAUCAUCAGGCAUCUGUUGCGCCGUAUAGCACUUUCACGAAACCUCGUCCGUCGCCAGCUGGUCAAGCUUUGUUUCAAAUGAGAUCAUAUGAUUUUGCCGUGAAGAGAAUUCCUGCUCCAUUCCAUCAAUUCAGGCAACAGUUGGGAAUUUGUAGUUCAAGGUAUCUGUUGGCGGAGAGCGGCACAGAUGUGGUGCCAAUUUCUUCUCCCCUUAUGCCUGAUUUAGGCUCUGGACGGAAAACUGAGAAGAAAGGUGUAGCUUCUAAACCUUUAAAAGUUCAAGCUAUUAAAAAGGAUGUAAGACAGAGUCCCAAGAAGGUCAAUUUGGUGGCUAAACUAGUUCGAGGAAUGCGUGUUGAAGAUGCACUUCUUCAGUUGCAAGUAACUGUAAAAAGAGCUGCAAAGACCGUCUAUCAGGUCAUUCACUCAGCUCGCGCUAAUGCUACCCAUAAUCAUGGGUUGGACCCAGAUCGUCUUCUUGUUGAUGAAGCCUUUGUCGGGAAAGGGCUAUAUUUGAAGCGUCUCUCAUACCAUGCUAAGGGAAGAAGUGGGAUUAUGGUGCGGCCAAGAUGUCGCUUGACUGUUGUAGUGAGGGAGACAACUCCUGAAGAAGAGGCUAAGAUCGCGAAGUUGAGGGUCAGCAAUUUCAAGAAGCUGACAAGGAAGGAAAGGCAAUUAGUCCCUCAUCAGCUCAUUGAAACCACACCAAGGUGGGGCCGGAAACGCAAAGAGAGCAUUUGCUAGGAUUGUAUGAUUCCCUUUUUUGCAGAAAUUACCAGUUGAAGUUUAGAGCUUAUGAGGUCCUGAUGGAUAUUGAUGAUUUCUCAGUCUGUAAUUUAAUGUGCACCCAAUUUCUUGUCAUUAUCCCAGUUGCAAUGGAUGAAUGCUAGAAAUUUUAGCAGGAA